AUGUAUGGCGGUGGACCCGGGGUGACGUCGUCGGACAUCUGGUCGUUCCCGCUCUCGGUGAGCACCCCACCCGCCGUCCCGGCCUUCACCAGGCAUACACCGACGGCGGCGGCGUCGCUGUCGUCGGUCCCGGCAGCAUCAUCGGGGCAUGUUGGUGCUGCUAUCGGGAACACCCUCGUCUCGCAGAUCUCGGCCUCGCAGCGCAAAAUCGGCCUGCUCAACCUCGACACCAUGGUCUGGCGCCGCGGCUACGACCUCCCGCUGGCCAUUACCGACGCCGCCAUGUCGUACACAUCGACAAUCUCCAAUCUAGCUUGGCUCUCGGCUGGCCGGACACCGCUUGGGACCGCACUUGAUGCAGUGUACUCGUACGACGCUGCCAUUGACACCGGUCCGCUGGGCGACUCGCCGUGGACCUUUAUCGACCGCCCGGGCGGCGCGGCAUGGAUGGAGCGGCGGUUCCUCCACUCAUCGACGAUGUGCAACUCGUCGCUGUACAUCUUUGGCGGCAAACUGUUUGGCUCGCCGCAGCUUCCGAAUCAGGACCUGUGGCGGCUGGAUGUCGACACGCUCACCAUGUCGCAGCCGUACAUGUAUCUAUUUGGCGGCUUUGACGACACCACCUCCUCGGUCAUCUACCACUCGGACGUCUGGCGCUACUCGUUCCUCACCGAGACCUGGGUCGAGAUGGGAAGCAAGGCUAAGGCCGGGACCCAACCUUGGCCGACCGGCCGAGCCUCACCGGCCUGCGUCAAGUCACAACUUUACAUCUACUGCUUUGGCGGCUACGACGCCGCAUCGGCAAACAACGAGCUCUGGGCCUACCAGUUCACCCGCAACGGCCCGGCCGUUGCCUCGUUUGUUGCCAACGACCCCGAUGAUCUUGACGACGUGUAUUCCGUCGGCGACACGCUCACACUCACUUUCACCGAGGCCACCAACCAGCCACCCGUUGACACCAAGGACAGCAUCGACGCUCUGCUGGCGUUUUCAUCGGCGCUCGGGACAAACUACACCGGGACAUGGAUCACUCCGCUCGACCUUGUCAUCACUGUCAUCGACCCGACCGGUGCGAGUGGUAACUCGGCGCCUGCCAUCGGUGUCGCCUCGGUCACUAUCCUUGCUUCAGGCAACCUCCGCUCGGCCGACCAGACUUCUCUGGCGUCGACGGCUGCAUCUGGGCCGAUCACGGGCGAUUGGGGCAUUCCACCUGGCCCGCGAGUGAUCUCGUUUACCGCCGACGAUCCCGAUGAUGCAGACGGUGUCCUCUCCAACGGCGAUGUCCUCAUUGUUGUCUUUAGCGGUCCGACGUCGCGGCCCAAGGUGGCAACGACCGGAGACAUCGACCUUCAGUUUUCGUUCUCCAACUCGCUCGGCACUUCGUACGCCGGCUCAUGGAGCUCGGACUCGGUCCUCCGCAUCGAGCUCCUCGACACUACCGGAGCCGACAUGGUCAUCGGCCUUUCCACCAUCCGAUGCAUUGGCAACUUGACCAACUCGGCCAAGACCUCACGGUUUUGCAACACCGAGUCGCCGGCGCUCGGUGGCGACUGGGGCCUGCUGCCCGGUCCGGCCUUUGUCUCAGUUGUCGCUGACGACCCAGACGAUGCUGAUGGCAUCUACUCGUCGGGCGACACGCUGACGCUGACAUUUUCCGAGGCCACGAACCGCCCGCCGGUAGGCACCCUCACCCAGAUCAACCACCUGUUUCGGUUUAUUCCAGCGAGUGCGUCGACGCCGACGCUUGCGCUCGGCUCGGGCGCGACGGGUGUGUGGACAACCCCGUCGACGUUGGUCAUCACCAUCACCGACGUGGCGUCGGCCUCGACCGCCAUCCGCGACCUUGCGUUUCGGGUUGUGGUCAACUCGGCGACGGCGCCGUAUCUGCGGAACCAGGAUGGGUCGUCGCUCCCGUCGUCAUCGCAGUCGCCGGCCGCUGGCGGCGACUGGGGCACUGCGCCUGGUCCGUACAUAAUCUCGAUUGUGGCCAACGAUCCCGACGACGGCGACGCACUGUACUCGACUGGCGACACGGUGACGCUUGUGUUCAACACUUCGACCACAGUGCCGUCGAUCAACAGCAAGGCCGAGGUCGAUACCUACUUUGCGUUCUCGACUCCGCUCGGACUGGACUAUCGCGGAACGUGGCUCAACGGGACAAUGGCGGUACUCACCAUUGUCUCACCGGUCACAUCUGAUCCCAAGCCGACCAUCGGCUCGUUCACUGUAUCGAUCAAGCCCUCUGGCGGCUUGCGCUCGGCGCCACCCACAUCAGCUCUUGCCACCGGAACCUCGCCGCCGCUGGUGGGUGACUGGGGCCUGCUUGCCGGACCGGAGCUGGUGAGUGCCACUGCCAACGAUCCCGACGACGCUGAUGCGGUGUUCUCGUCUGGCGACACACUCACGCUUGUCUUUUCGCAGCCGACCAACCAGCCGAGUGCCAGCUCCAAGGCCGCCUUUGACGCCCUCUUCGCCAUCUCGAACACCACCUCGCUUGGCUCGGCGUACGCCGGCUCGUGGUCGUCGGCGAGUGUCUUGGUAGUCACCUUUUCGACAACACCGAGCAACCCGAGCGACGGACCAAAGCUCGGGGUCUCUGUUGUUUCGGUCAUCGGCAGCCUGACCAACGCAGCCGGAACAUCACUUCCGUCGCGUUCGAGCUCGCCGCCGCUCGCCGGCGACUGGGGCCUGCUGCCCGGACCGACCAUUGUCGGCUUUCUUGCCGACGACCCGGACAACGCGGACGGUUUCUACUCGGCGGGCGACACGCUGACCAUCUCGUUUUCGAUGUCAACCAACGUGCCGCCAGCGUCGACCAAGGCGCAGCUUGACGUGCUCUUCUCGUUCUCGCAGUCGCUAGGCGCUGACUACACCGGGGUGUGGUCGACGCCGUCUGUGCUGGUCAUGACGGUCGUCGAUCCCACCGGGGCCACACCGCCGGGCAUCAACGUGCUCACAGUGACGGUGAUCGGCGACGUGCGUGACGCGUCGUCGCGGACUCUGCCGUCGCGCGACGUGUCGGACCCGAUUGUCGGCGACUGGGGCCUCGGCCCGACGUGCUCAUUUAGCGAUUGCACCUCGUGCACGGCGGCAAGCCAGUGCGGAUGGUGCGCGGCGACUUCGCAGUGCGAGGUCGGUAACGCCGGCGGCCAAGCCUUUGGCUCGUGCCCGGCGUGGCAGUACUCGGAGUGCGUGGCGUGCAACUCUUCGUCGUGCUCGGCUUGUCUCGCCAACGCCGACUGCGGAUUCUGUGCUACCGGGCCGGCUACAUCUCCGAGCUACGAGUGCUCGUUUGGAUCAGCUGCCGGUCCAUACGCCGGCUCGUGUGGCGGCGUGUGGCACUCGGGGACGUGUCCAGGCGCGUCACUUGCGGCGCCUGUACCGCCGCUCCCGCUCAGCGUCUCGGAGGCCGGUGCGACCGCCAACUUUGAGCUGGUCCUUGACGCACAGCCUUUGGCGCCUGUUGUGGUCAUGCUGGGGACGUCAGAUGCAACCGAGGGCUCGCCGUCGCCAAACUUUCUGGUCUACGACGAACUCAAUUGGAACGUGCCACAGAGCGUGGUGCUCACACCCGCCGAUGACAACGAAGCUGACGGCGACGUGAGCUUCUCAGUUGUGCUUGGGCCUUUCCUCUCCGACGACCGGUCGUACUCGGACACGGUCGACGAUCCGGUGCCGGCGGUGUGCCUUGACAACGAUGUGGCCGGGCUGUCGCUGGCCUUUGGUCCCGGCAUUCGCAACACGUCCGAGGCCGGCGGCAGUGGGACAACGGUUGAGACCCGCGUCUCGCUCACGUCGCGACCCUACGGCCCGGUCUCGGUGUAUGUUGUUGUCGACGACGCAAGCGAAGGCGUAGUUGUCUCGCCGGCGAUGCCGAUUGUGUUCCCUGCCAGCGCGUGGUCUUCUCCGGUGGCGGUCCAGAUUGGCGGCGUCGACGACAGCGUCGACGACGGCGAUGUGACGUUCAACGUCCGGGCCGAGACGUACGGGGCGGCGUCAAGCGAUGUGGCGUACCGUAACCUAGUGUCUCCGCCGCUGCAGCUGUACAACAUCGACGACGACACCGCGGCGCUCCUUGUAUCCGCACCGGGCUCGACGGUUUCCGAGGCUGGGACGGGGACCUCGUUCACGGUGGUGCUCGGCUCACAGCCGACGGUGAGUGUGACGUCGUUCCCGCUGCAAGCGCUGGACUCUUCCGAGCUUGCACCGGCUCCGGGCUCACCGUCGCUUCUUGUCUUCUCGCCGUCGGACUGGAACGUGCCGCAGACGGUGAGCGUGGUGGGCGUUGACGAUGCGGCGGCGGACGGCCCACAGACGACUGGCUUCCUGGUCGGCCCUGGCGUUUCUGCCGACGACAAGUACGACGGACUCUCGCAAGUGGUGAUGGUGACGACUGAGGACAACGACGUGAUCGGGAUUUUGGUGACGCCGGUUUCUGGGCGGGUGACCGAAGACGGCGGAACAGCCAACUUUCGGGUCUCGGACCCGAGCGAAGGCACAGUGUGGCCGACGGUGUUUACUAUCACACCGAGUGGGUACUCAGCAGGCGUCGAAGUUGUGGUGACCGGUGUCGACGACGCCAUCACCGACGGCGAUGUUGCAUUCAACAUUGACUUUGCAGCGGCGGUUUCGUCGGAUGGGGCGUACUCGGGCUUGACACGUGCACCUGUGACACUUGUGUGUUACGACAACGACGUACCAGGAAUCUACGUCUCAUCACCGUCGGGCUUUACGUCCGAAGCCGGUUCGUCUGCCACGGUGACGGUCUCGCUGAUGGCUGCGCCGUCGGCGUCGGUGACGGUCAACGUAGCGUCGUCUCGGGUGGACGAGGCGACGGUCUCGCCGUCGUCACUCCUUUUCUCAACCUCGGACUGGUCGUCGCCACGUGUGGUGACCAUGACCGGGGUGGAUGACUUGUAUCCGGACGGCAACCAGGUGUACACCGUGACACUGACGGCGUCGUCGUCAGACGCUGGAUACCAGGGUCUCUCUGUGGUGUUCAACAACACCAACAUCGACAACGAUGUAGCCGGCCUGGUGGUGACACCGCUCUCGAGCCCGGCGUACACGACGACCGAGACUCCGGGCUCAACGUCAUUCACCAACGUGGGCGUGGCGCUGAGCUCGAUUCCACGGGCGCCAGUCAACGUUAGUGUUGUCUCGCGUGACGUGAGCGAGGGUCGACCUGUAGUCUCGUGGAUCGUUUUGUAUCCGGCGUCGUGGUCGACGCCUGAGCCGGUGACGGUGUAUGGACAGGACGACUUUGUGGACGACGGGGACGUGAGCUACGCGCUCGACUUUGGCCCGUCGGUCUCUGGAGACGCGCUCUUCACUGGCCUCACAGCGUCGGCGACGCUGGUUAACAACGACGAUGGCGACACGGCCGGGCUUGUGCUUGGCGGCGGGGGAUCAACCAGUGUCCCGCAGCUUGUGGACGAGACUGGGAGCUCGGUCACGUUCACGCUUCGCCUCAACUCGCAGCCACCGGCCGGAACCCAAGUUAACGUCGGGCUCACCUCGCUGGAUGUGAGUGAGGGCCGGGUGGCACCGAGCUCACUUUCGUUUGACGUGGCGAGCUGGGACACACCGGUGGCGGUGACAGUGACCGGAGUGGACGACGCCUUUGCCGACGGCGACGUGCCGUUCAGCGUGCGCAUUGGGCCGUCGAGCUCGACGCCGGCGUCCAACUACGACGGGCACACGCUCGACGCACUGUUUGUCAACCGCGAGGAUGGCGAUUCGGCUGGCGUGAGCGUGACGGCGAUGUCGGGACCGACGUACGAGGCGUUUGGCCACGCCGACGCGACCUUUAGCUUUGCGCUCACCUCGCAGCCAUACUUUGAGGUGGUGAUGUCUGUGGCCGUGUCGGACACGAGCGAGGCUCUUGUGCGCGACCCUGUGUCGGGCGCGCUUGUCUCUGACUUUGUGCUGCGGAUCGAUCCGGCGACAUGGGCGACACCGCGGGUGGUGGCGGUUGUUGGAGUCGACGAUGACGAGGCAGACGGAGACGUGGCGUACAGCGUGACACUUGGGCCGCUUGUCUCUGGUGACGGAGCGUACAACGGUCUGGGGCCUUACACUGUUGCCGGAAUCACCAUCAACGACGACCGGGCCGAGGUCUUUGUCUCUGCGCACAACUCGCGCGGAGUGGUGUACGAGGCCGACGCGCUGGCGACCGGCGGGUCGGGCGGCGGCGUGGUGUUGGACUUUGUCCUCACGUCACGGCCGUCGUCUCAGGUACGUGUCCCGAUCUCGCUCCGCGACGCAAGCGAGGGUAAGCUCGGCGUUGCUGGCGGCCUUGGGUAUGUACCGUGGAGUGAUGGCGAGUUUGUGUUUGAGCCUGCCGACUUUGACGUUCCGCAGUCUGUGGCAGUCUUUCCGGUCGACGACACCGAACUCGAUGGGGCGCAAGCGGUUGUGCUUGAUAUUGGUCCGCUGACGGCAUCGGACGCGGUGUACUCUGGCCAGAUUUCGAACUACUCGUGCGUCAACGUGGACAACGAGUCGCCAAGCCUGGUGCUCGUCAAUGCUGGUGGCGUCAUUGGUAACUUGACGGAGGCUGGAGGAACGAGCGAGCUCGUGUUUGUACUUGGUGGACCGCCGAACGCCGACGUCUCGUUCGAAGUGAACCUGUAUGCGCGCGCCGCUGGCGGGUCCGGCAUUGGCUCGACGGUGGCCGAAGCUGAGGUUGUGAGCGGCUCGCCACUUGUUUUUGGUCCUGCGAACUGGAUGCUGCCACAGACGGUGACGUUGCGCGGGCUUGACGACGGUGUGCCUGACGGCGACGCUGACCUGCAAGUGCUUGUGGGCGGCGGAGUGAGCACCGACGCCCGGUUUUCCGGCAUCUGGGCAGGGCCGUAUCUAGUGUAUAACCUCGACGACGAUGCGGUGGCGUAUGCCACGAGUGGCACGGUGCCCGUGGUGGUGUACGAAGCGAGAAGCGUGGCCGGCGGUGCAGCAGAGAUUUCUGUGGCACUUGCGUCACGACCGUCAUCGACGGUGUCUGUGCCUGUGGGCCUGAGCGGGUCUGCGGCGACACGGAUGACGCUCGAGGCACCGCUGGGCGGAGUGCUGACGUUUACGGUGGCGUCGUGGUCGACACCGCAGCCUGUGCGGGUGUCUGUGGCGGACGAUAGCCUUGUCAACGGGCUCGGGUUGGACCGGUUCUACAUCUCGCUGGGGAUGGCGUCGACGGCCGAUGUCGGGUACGCAGCGCUGGGUGUUCGUGUCCUGGCUGGCUUUGUAGUCGACGACGACGGGAGCUUUGCGAUGGUGGCAUCCGCACCCGAACCGAGCUCGUCUACGUCCGAGGCCGGUGAUGCUGUGCGGUUCGAGGUUCUGCCACGAGAGCCGCUUCUCGCAGCGCUGUCCGUGGAGGUAACCUCGAGCGACGUGAGCGAGGGCGUGGUGACCGCUGGAAGCCGGUGUGAGUUUGUGCCACCGGGAGCCGGAAGCUGGCUUGUGCCACACAUGGUUGAGGUGACCGGCGUUGACGACCAGUUUGUGGAUGGCGAUGUGAGCUACGCAGUGGCUGUUGGGCUCUCUGGGCUUAGCGUGGCGCUGGUCAACGUGGAUGUUGGCGACGCGGUGGGCUUUGACGUGCAGCUCGGGGCCGGGUCUAUGGCCGCGUCGAUUGCGGAGCUGGCGACGUCCGAGUCUGGCGAGGGCGACGUGUUUACGGUGUCUUUGACGGCACAACCGUCUGGCGAGGUGCGUGUGCCUCUGGUGGCGAGUCCUGAAGGUGAGGUGCGGCUGCAGCCACCGUCGCUCCUGUUUACGCCACUGACGUGGGCGACGCCAGCGUCGGUGGUAGUCGUGGGCGUUGCCGACGAGGUGGCGGACGGCGAUACGCAGUUUGUUGUGGGCGGAACGAACGCCGACGUGGGCCGACCGAGCGUGGUCUCGAUGGCGCCGGCGGUUGUUCCACUCUCGGGCGGGGUUGUGACGGUGAGCGGUGCUGGUUUUGUUGAGGGCCUCUCUGUGUGGCUCAACGCGAGUUUGCCGAGCGUGGGCAGCCCCCCUGCACUUGGAUUCUUUGCCGAGACCGACGGGUCGUCUGUGGUACGGCCUGGCGGAGUGGAGCUUGUGGUGCUGGGCUCGACCGACGUGAUGUUCCGGGCGCCAGCUGUAAGCUCACCGGCGACGGUGUGGGUGCGUCUGGUGAAUCCGGACGGGUCGAUCGCGGUUGCACCGGGCUCGCUGACAUACGCGCGCGACUGCCCACAGGCGGGAGUGGUGGGAGUCGGCGAUGAAUGUGUGAGCUGCCCUGCUGGAGCCAAGUGUCCGGGCGGCAACGUUAUUGUGCCGUUGCCCGGGUACUGGUCGCCCGGGCUCGGAUCACAGGUUGUGGCGGCUUGCCACGAUGCGUCGCGGUGUACAGGAGGCCCGUACUCGGGAUGUGCGGCUGGAUACUCGGGAUGGCUCUGCGGAUCGUGCGCUGACGGGUAUGCGCUGGACGGCGACGAGUGCAUCAAGUGCGGUUCCAAGUUUGUACUUGCGCUGUACUGGCUGCUGUAUCUGGGAGUCGCGCUUGGAGUUGUGGGCGUGAGUGUGUGGGUGAAGGAUCCGACGGCACAUGCACAGGCGAUGUGGAUGAUGGUGCUGUUUGGCCUGGUGCGAGCGGCGAGUGCGGGGGCCGGUUCGAGGGUGCCGAGCUUUGCGCGAGCCUACUACCACUUUCUGGGACUGUUUACGCUCGAUGUGGAGUUUGUUCGUGCUGGAUGCACAGCGGGCGCGGCGAGCCGCAACUUUGAGUCUGUGUUCUUUGGCUCCAUCGCAGCUGUGGUUGUGAUGGUGAGCGUUGUGGCGGCGCUGGCGUGGGGUGCAGGCAUGGCGAACGUCGGCGGCGGGCGGAGCUUCUUUGAGGCGCGGCUUGUACGGGGCGUGCUCGGGGUCAGCCUUGUGAUGUACCCGCUGAUGAGCAAGGUGUCGAUUCAGGGGGUUGCGUGCGCGCCUGCACUUGGCUCGCUCUGGCUUGUGGCACACGCGUCGCAAGAGUGUUUUGUGGGCGUGCAUGGCGUCGAGUUCCUGUUUGCCAUGCUGGGCUGGGUGGUUGUCAUCGGCGGUCCGGUGGCUGUGGGCAUCGGGUACGUGCGGCACGGGACGGGAGUGCUCGGUGAGGAGGCGAACAUGGCGCGGUUCGGCGUGCUCUACGACAUUACCGACUAUGAGCUCUGGCACUGGCUUGUGGUUGUGCUGGGCGGCGUGCACUUUGCGCUCGCGUUUGCCGGGUACAUGCUUGUGCGGCUGCCUGUGCUUGGGUUUGUGGUGGCGGAGCUUGGGCUUUUGGGGCUUGUGGGUGUGCUGCUACAUGCGCCGUUUGAGGCCAAGUGGCAGAACGUGUGGACGCUUGCGCUUGUCUUUGCCUCGCUCUACAUUGUGGUCGUCAACUUUGUGGCGGACGAGCAGCUCGGCGUGGAGUCGACGACGAUUGACGUGCUCGCGUUUGUGGGAGUGGCGCUGGGCGUUUUUGCCCAGAUCGGGUACCUUGUCGGUCUGUUCAUGUACGCAAGGUCUCAGAUGUGGGGUCUCAUGUCGCUGUCACACAUCAUCUCGUUCAAGCGCGGCGAGGGCGCAGAAACGGCCAAGGUGCCCAAGUCGGCACAGAUGGACGGGAUGGAGACAGCACCGACUGUGGCACAGGCUGUGGCCAUUGUAGACGUGACCGCGAGCAACGGAGAUGUGUCGAAAGCGGCGCCAGCUGCGUCGCGUGUGGUGACGGCGGCGCCGGCUCGGGCGCCCGCGCGGAACGGCGACGAUGACGACGAGAUCGUGUACUCUUACUCGUACUCGGAAUGGAGCUACGAGGGCGAAGAGAGCCGCGGGCGGGCGGAAGAGGACGACGUGCGGGUUGCUUUUGACGAGGGCGAAGACGCAGCGGCGGCGAUGACGCCUGUGCGGCUGCCCGUGGACCUCAAGGCACGAAAGCGGGUCGAUCUUGUGCGAACGAACCAGAUGCUGCGCGAGAUGCGGCAGUGA